AUCCGAUCCUCCAACAGCUUCAACACCACCCAUCCGACCAACCCAACCAGUCAAGCCCUCAACAUGUCCGCCUUCCUCCGCCCCGUCUUUGGCGCCGCCGCCCGCCCGGCCGUCCGCUCUUUCAGCUCUACCUCCGCCCGCGGCGUGGCUCGCGUCCAGAUCAUCGGCAACCUCGCUGACACCCCCGAGGUCCGCGCUACCAGCACGGGCCGUGAGAUGAUCAAGUAUGCUGUCGCCAGCAACUCGGGUCCCCGCAGCGACCGCGUUACCAGCUGGUUCAACAUUACCAGCUUUGUCGAGGGCAAGGCGCGCGACUUCCUGCUGACCCUGCCCAAGGGAACCACCGUCUUCGUCGAGGGCGACCUGUCCCUGAGGAACUGGAGCGAUGAGGAGGGUCGCAACAGACAAGCCGUCAACAUCCUUCAUCGCAACAUCGAGGUCCUCCGCCGUCCCUAUACCGGACCCCGCGAGACCCCCGAGACCGAGGCCGAGGCCGAGGGCGAGGCCCAGGAGCAGCAGUAAAGUUGAGCUGAGCUUGGCAUAUGGCCAAUCGACAGUUGCUGUUCGCUGCUGGCGUCGCUACUGUUACUGGGGGUUCCACGAAUGGGCUCGAUGGAGUCCGGUCGUUGUACGAUGGGCCAGGGGCAUGUACGCCAAAUAUGAUUGUCGAUUACGAAUUACGAACUUUGGGUUUCAGCAGGACGCUGUGUGUAGCUUCGCGAAGCUAAGUUCUUUCCUAUAUACCCAUGUACCAUCAUCUAUCUCUCUUUCUUAGAAUUUGCAGAGCUUCCGUGUGUCGU